CUUUGCUGAAGCCUUACGCACUGAUGAAAACAGAAAGAGGAAACUAGAACGUGUAGGUUAUUUUUUUCUUAAAGAUUUCCUCUAAAUUAACUCUGAAACCCCAUGUAGAUACAAUGGAGCACAAACACAAUUCUAAAGUUACAAAUUGUCUACCCAAGUUCAACAGGAGAUGGCGCUGCUUUGCACUGAGAUGUUUGGUGAUAAGGACUUGGAUGAAUGGCGUAGAAUCGGCAGGGGGGGGUUUGGUACCGUCUAUAGGGUCAGGCACAAAGAGAGAGGGUUUGUUGCCAUCAAGGUACCUCAACAAAAUUCAGGCCCCCAUGAUGCACUCAAGGAGGCUGAUUGUCUGAAAAAACUAUCCUCUCGGUUUGUUCUGACAGUGUUUGGAAUUUAUCAGGGAAACCGAUUUCAACAAAUCACAGAGCAGCAGGGAAUAGUCAUGGAGUUUAUGGAAAGGGGAUCUAUUCACACCCUGCAGGUGGACUUGCGUGGCCCUCCGCCACUGCCACUGGCCAUCCGAUUGGCCCAUCAAGUGGCUUCAGGGAUGCAACACCUACAUUCAAUUAACUUUCUUCAUCAUGAUCUAAAACCAAGCAACGUUCUUCUGGAUAAUGACUUUAAUGCCAAGCUGGCAGACUUUGGUCUUUCCAGGGUUACCACAAGUGUUUUGUCCAACAGUGAACAAUCAAGAGCAGGAACUCCAGGGACAUUUCAGUACUGGCCACCUGAAGCUUUUUCUUUAAACUAUAAGGCAGUUCGCUUUUUUGAUGUUUACAGCUACGGCAUCCUCCUUUGGUCUAUCUUAACUGGUAAAGAACCCUAUGAAGGAAAAGGGUUUGGUCUUGUGGAAUUGCGGAUCAAACAGGGAGACAGACCGGAUAUCAGUCUUUGCCAGAAAGAGGAGAAAGAAAAGAUGACAGAAAUGGUUGAGCUCAUGACACAUUGCUGGGAUGAGGAACCAUCCAAGAGGCCUCACUUUGAUGAAAUCGUCGCAGUCACUGAACAUGUGUUCUCAGUUAACAAGGAUGGAAUUGGUGCUGCCAUUCAAGAAGUUUUAUCAAAACUAGAACAAGAACAGUCAAAAAGUGGCGGUCAGCUUCAUCAAACAAAUGCUGCACCCACUCCAGAAAAUGCAGUGCCAAAUGCUACUGUUGAUCAUCCACCACUUGCAGCACAGCAACCAUGUGUUGAUGUUGGAACUAAAAAUGUGGCUGAAAAAGACAAAGUGAAGUUUGUUGAUGACAUGAGAGAAGAUAUAAUACAGGAAACCAAGGAUGUCAUGGCAUUGGUUGAGGAGCUUCGGAAAAUAGGGAUGGUUCAUAAAGAAACCUAUUCCACAAUUAAAGCAAAAGAAACAAGUCAGGACAAAAUGAGGGAGCUGUUCCGGCAGACAUUACGUGCCGGAGGGGACACGGUCAAAGCUGCCUUCUAUGAUGCCUUGAAAAAACACGAGCCGAGUAUGCUGAACAGUAUUGGUGAAAGUUGAGGUAUUCCUGCAUGAGAUGACCACAAAUGUAUGUGGUUUACAUCACUUUUUCUUUCUUUUAUUUUUACUUGAGGAUUGCUUAUGAUUCAAGAUAAGGUACUUGUGUCAUGAUUUGCCAGUUAGGUGUUUGAGUUUUAGUUUCUUUAUUAUCCCUCUUUCUUCUGAUUUAGUUCUCUAGUUGCUGAUAUUUUUUUUAAUUCAUUUUAGAUUAGGCUCUUAGUUCAUGUUUAUGUAUAUUUUGUAUUAUCUCUGCUAGAAUUCUUCCUUGUGUCCCUCUCUGUCAGAUCCUGUUCAUUCUCUUUUCCCUCUCUCAGCUCUCUCUCCCUUUAUUGGUCUUGCUGCUACUCAUUCCCACCUGAUUGCUUUCACCAUCUCUCCAUGCCUUUUCUCGACUCUUGCCCUAGUAUAUAUGUCACUGGUUCUCUUCAUUCCUUGCUGGUUUCUUAUGUUACUCUCCUCUGUUUGACUGAUCCAUUUCUGUUGCGCCUCCAACCGUGCCAGUUGUUUCCCACAGUAUUUCUUGUUCUCCAGUGUUAAGUUGAAAGUUUUGCCACUUUUCUUAAAAGUUUCUCUCUAAUUCCCCUCUGGUCCAUCUGCGUUUGGGUCCUUUGCAUGGCAAAAUGUGACAAAUUGUAUCAAGCAGUUUAUGUUUAGCUGUCUUGAAGCCCUUAUUCCUAUGUAGACAAACUCUGCCUCUGUUUUGUCCCAUUAAUUUAAAAUGGCAAAACAUAAUUUUAGGCAACCUACCCUUUAGUAUUUUCAUUUCUGUAAUUCAAUAAUAUUCCUUAACAUAUAAGGACAAAUGGUGAACUGUUUACUGUCAUGCAAAGUUCUGCAUCUAAUUACACAUAAAUCAUGAGGCAACUAAUAAACUAGUAUUACCAUCAUCAUA